UUUGCUCUCUCAUUCGGCGUUUUUCUUUGUGACUGUGUGGACGUUCUCACUACGGCUAAAUCUCCAGCAAUCCAGCGACUUUCCUAGCAAAGCUACUAAAGAGGAAACGGCAGUUUGCACAAAUUUAUAAAAUUUGCAGCUUGUUGAAAACUAAGUGUUGUUCUUCGAGCCUUGCGAGUCGUGUUUAGCGCAUACUAAAACCAACAAUUUAAACGUGUUUUCGCGCUUCGCUUUUGAACAGUAAAAAAAACCAACCGUAAAUCAAAAUGGCUGAUGUGGCUGAGCAAAAAAACGAGACCCCUGUCGUCGAGAAGGUCGCGGCUGAGGAAGUCGAUGCUGUGAAGAAGGAUACCGUUGCCGCAGAGGAGGCCGCAGCUGAGAAGCCAACCACUACAGAGAACGGUGCUGUCGAAGAGGAGAGCGCCGCCAAGGAGAACGGAGCACCGGCCGCUGACAGCGCGGCACCCGCUGAAGCUGCGGUCGAUGGCGAAAAGGCGACCGAGGCCGCUGCUCCCGCCGCCGCCGCCCCCGAGAAAGAGAAGGAGGAGAAGAAGGAUGAGGACAAAAAAGAUGAGUCUGCUGUCGACGGCGAGGAGGCCAAGAAAGAGAGCAGCGAGGCAGCCCCUACUGCUGUUGAGAACGGCGCCGAGGAGGCAGCCAACGGCGACUCAACAGACGCGCCCGUCGUCGAGGCUGUGAAGCGAAAGGUGGACGAGGCCACCGCCAAGGUUGACGAAGCUGUCGCCACGCCGGAGAAGAAGGCGAAGCUGGACGAGGCCAGCACAAAGGAAGAGGUGCAGAAUGGGGCCGAGGCUAGCGAAGUUGCUGCUUAAGGCAAUCGUCCGCGGAGCAGCAGACUCAGUAAUCUACAUAUUAAAUACUUACUAACACAAACACAACACACAAAUUACGGUUUUACCUCCAGCACAACGCACCGAACCACCCACCGUCCGCAAGUGUGGGCGGGUGAUGCGUGGGCUGCUGAGUUGGUGGCCGGACGCAAUUCUCUAAAAACAAUCCUGCAAUGGGAGCGUAGUCUUAAUGCGUGCCGAUUCUCUCUGUCUCUACUAACAAACAACCAACCAACCAACAACAAACGAGAAACAACAAAAUCCAUUAUCAUUUAAAACCUUACUUAAAAACGUAACUUUAAAGCAAAGUAUAUAUAUAGAAAGCAAAAGAUUAAGAGAAAAAAUGAGUAAGCGAAAGUAAGAUGCGAGACCCUCUAUGUUUUAAGAUUAAAAGUUGUAAACAAAAAGCGUCAAAUUUAAUAAUUGUAAUAAUAAAUACGAAGCGAAUGACAAAAAUUGCAAACAAAAUUUCUAGAAACAAGCAACAAGAAAUUUAAUGGGCAAAAAUAAUUUUUUUUUUGUCACUUAAACAAUUUUAAUUUUACAACCAUCUCCUGUAUUGUGUAUGAAUAUUUAUAUAUAUCAAACAAGCAAAACUACAAAACAGCAAAAUGUAACAACAUGCUGCCAACAACAAUACCCCAGAAAAGUGUACCAACUGGCGAAGAGACAAAACAAAUCAUACCAUAUAGAAACAAUAAAAAAAUAAAAACGGAAUAAGAAA